AUGUCUCUAAAAUCAAAUAUGAAAACUUCAAAAUUGUUAAGAACGAUUUCAAUGAUAUAUCAUAUACAACAAGUAAAACAAAAUUUCAAUCCAUCCGCUAAAGGUUUUGAAAAUUUGUUGGGCUUUUGUGUCAUAGAUCAAUUAAAAAGGAUGAAUGAAUCCGAAAAGAUCGUGUUAAAUAUUGGUGGUAUGCCAUUUAUGACGUAUCGAAAAACAUUAGCAUCAUGUCCAAACACCCUUUUAGGUAAAAUGUUUUAUCAAGAUACGACGACGACGACAUCGACCUCAUCAACGAUGACGCAAAAAACCAAAACUAAAAAACUUGAUAAACCUUCAAUCGAAUAUUUCUUUGAUAGGGAUUGGACAUGUUUUAAAUACAUCUUACAAUAUUAUCGUUAUAAAAAAAUUUUUUGGCCAAUUAAAAAUAAUCCAUUUGAACCUUCUCAUGAACAAAUUAUAAGGGAAUUAAAUUUUUUUAAAAUCCCUUAUACUUUACCCAUCGUGAAUGAGAAUCAAGAAAUCAUUGAAAGGCGUGAUGUAGACAUUGUCGACGAGGCUACGAAAAAUCUUAAUUUAUUUAUACAAAUGUUACAUCAAGUUAUAUUCGAAUCUCGUAGUAAUUUCAAAAAUCAGAUUGAACUUACAUUCUUACAAUCUCAAGAUAAUACCAAUACAAUUACUCUUGAUUCAACAAUUUCAAAAAAGUAUACAGUUCUACCUCGGAUACAAAGAAUACAAUCAUUAGCAUAUAAAUUCAAAGAAAAUGGUUUUGAUAUAUUAGAAUUGUUUGGUGACGAAAUUUCUAGUUAUUUUAUUCAAAGAAAUAUUAAUUUUCAAAUUAUUACAAGUCAUGAUCCAAAUCUUUAUAGAAUUGUUAUACACUUACCGAAAUUUGAUAUAAUGAAUAAGUCGCAAAUAAUUGAAAAUUCUAUCAUAAAAAUUACAAACAAUCAAUGUCAAGCUGAAUUGUAA